AUGGAUAAUCUUGAGCAAGAGGACAUUUUCGACGACUACGACUGGAUGCGAAUAAAUGCAGGAUCUGUACCUCAACAGCCAUAUCCCACGCCUGCCCCUGCCCCUGCCUUUUCACAGUAUAUGUCUGCCCCGUCGGCAGCUGGGUCAAGAAAUAUCGCGCCAAAGGUAGCCAUCCCUCGCCUAGCUGGUUCCGACGCUUUGCUACACGGGCGCCGACGGUCAGCGCGGGCCUGCGAGCCCUGUCGCCAGCGCAAGACCAAAUGUGACGGUAUCCGACCGUCGUGCGGACAAUGUGCAUAUCACAAUCAUGGCUGCUUCUACGAGGACGUGAAACGAGUGCGCGACCAGAAGCGACUCGGCUACUUGGUCAAGCGAGUGGAUACAUACGAAGCCCUUCUUCGAAAGCUAGAAGGCGAGGUGGACCCUCCCACAGCUCGAAAGAUCAAAAAAGCAUUGAAGUCCAAAAAUGGGAAAUCCCCUAGAAAUCCCAGAAACCGUGUCGACUCAGAUGAUUCCUCUGCAUCCAUGGGCUCACUCGAUGCUAUCAACCAGGUUGACAAAGACCUCAAUCGGGAUGAGAACACCAGGGCUGCGGGAUCCUCUGGAAACAAUUCAGAAGUCAAUGGGAUUCGCAAGCUGGAGAGCGGCGUGGGGUUGAAGAGUCCACAGGAACAUGUGUCGAAUCAUUUCCACAUGGAGAGUCACCGUGACUCAGCGUCUAUUCAACAGCAGCAGCAGUCAUUGGAAAUGCAAAUUACCACUUCCAUGAUGGAGUAUCAUUUUGACAGUCUGGAUAUUCCAUUGAUUGAACCAUGCGAUCCGUUAACUGUGCCCCCAAGGGAAUUGGCAGAUCGGUACUUCGACGCCUACCUGAUCCACGUCCAUUCGACAUUCAGUGCAAUUCGGAAGAUGACCUUUAUCUCCCAGUACCAGAAGUUCUUCAAUAAUGCAUCGACACCACCACGGAAAUGGCUGGCCAUUCUGAAUAUGAUAUUUGCGAUUGGGUGUCGCUAUUGUCGACUCAUAGACGACUCCCAAAGCACCAAUGACGAAGACUUACUAUACCUGACCCGGGCACGCCAUCUCGGUCUACACAGCAAUGUGCUAUUCGAACACACUGAUAUGCAGCAGAUCCAACUCGAACUCCUCGUAGCAGUUUACCUGCUUUGUUUAGGCCAGGUGAACCGAGCAUCCAAAUUCUCCAACAUGGCACUCCACUCAGCUCUAUCCCUCGGCAUCAACCUCCGCCUAACAGACGACCGCACCAAAGAUGCCGCCAAAGAAACCCGCGGCCGUCUCUGGUGGUCCAUCUACUCCCUCGAGCACCUCAUCACCUCAAUGACCGGCCGCCCCUCCUGCGUCGGCGAAAGCCUCUGCUCUGUCCCCGCACCCCUUCCAUACGAAGAAGAAACCUUCAACCAACCUGAUGCCAAACGCCUCCUCCAAGAUCCCGCCCUCCGCGAAGCCCAACUCCGCUCCACCAUCUUCGAAGCCCCCAGCCAACACCACUCCCCCGCAUGGGUAACCACCUGUCCACCUUGUCCAUCCCUCUUCUUCUACUUCCUCGUCGACCUAACCCUAAUAACCCACGCCUUCAUGAACAAGGCACACAGCAUCGAAGACCUUCGCAAAGGCUCCAGCCAAGUAGAAUACCACGUCCAGAGAUCCAGUCUCCAAAUGGACCGCUGGCUCUCGAAACUUCCUUUAUUCUACUACUUCACUCUCCCAAACACAACCUCCUGGCACAUAAACCAUCUCCAACUAGACAACCUCUCCGCUCCUUUCGUCCGCGAAAGAGUCUGUCUAGCAAUGAACUAUUACUCCGCCCGCAUAACCCUCUGCAAACCAUGUCUAUGUCACAUCCACCAAUCCCCACGCUACACCACGCCAACCGGCAAACCAACAGCUCGGGGAAAACUCCGCUCCGAAAUGGCUACACAUUGCCUGCAAGCUUCCUGCGCGCUUAUCUCCGUCCUCCCAGAAGACCCGAACAUGACAUUCCUAGCCCGUGCCACGCCCUGGUGGAGUAUCCUGCAUUUCCUCAUGCAGGCGACUACCGCUUUAUUACUGGGGUUAUCGUAUAGUUCGGGCCAACAUACGUGCAACGGUCCGGAACGCGCGAAUCCGCUCCUUUCGCCUGCUACGCCGUCCAUUUCCCAGAAAGCGGGUGUUUACCCGCCGUUACUGGAGAAGCAUUUGGGUAUUGCUAUUGCGGCGGCGAGGAAGGCGCUGUUUUGGCUUCAUACUACUGCUUCUGUGGAUCUGGCGGCGCGGAGGGCGUUUCUAGUUUGUGAUGGGGUUGUUAGGAAGAUUGCGCCUGGAUUGGGGAUUGAUUUGAGUGAGUGGCCUAAUGGGAGUUGUUUUGAGGGAUUAGCAGAGGAUAGGGAGAGGGGGCCUAGUGGAAAUGGGAAUUGGGGGGAUAGUAGUGGGAGUAAUGGUCAUGAUAGUGGGAGUGGGAUGGAGGCGUUUGAGGAAUUGGUUGAUUUUGAAGGUGUUUUUUAG